AUGGGGCGUUUUCAUUACCUCCUGGGCAUUUUGCUCUUAUUUGUGUCUUCUUUUCUUUGGUUCGCCUCCAGUUUGAGAAGAGAGCCAGUACCGUCAGGCAUCUCCCUCACCUACGGUCCAUGUGUUUGCGCAACCGAUCAUGCGAACGACACCGCUCCCGAGCCCGAUACCAAGCCUCUACCACCGCCAGAUGUCACAACAGAAAUCGAGACCUUGCCAUUACCUACCCAAUCAAGCUACCUUCCAACCACCAAUACGCAUGAGAACGCACAAUCCCCAUUCCCAUUGAAGCUCUGGCAGAAAGCGGGAUCAAAGGGCAUUGCCCCCGACCGAUGGAACGAUAUCCAAAGCUGGCUGAAGCAAAACCCAUUUCUUCGACACGAGAUCCUCACUGAGGGAAGUGCCGACCAGUAUGUCCGGGAGAACUUUGCCGAUUUCCCGGAAAUUCGAGACCUCUAUCUCUCAUUACCCGUGCCGAUCCUGAAAGCCGAUCUACUUCGACAGCUGAUUCUAUACAACGACGGUGGAAUCUGGAGCGAUCUCGAUGUGACAUGCCACCAUCCAAUCGACAUUUGGAUCCCGGAGGAAUACCGGAACAGAACAAACGUGGUGGUGGGGCUGGAAUUUGAUGGAUCGCAAUUCGCCAGCUGGACGGUCAUGACAAAGCCUCGAACCAGCCACGGUGUGGCGGUGGUUAAAUACGUCGUUGAAAAACUGCAAGCAUCAGCCGCAGAACACAAUCGCCCUACCGCCGAGCUCAACAUGACUAUGAUUUCGGACGUGGUGGAUGUGACGGGGCCGCAGGCCAUGACCGUGGCUCUUCUACAGAAUCUCGAGCGGGAGAUGGGGAUGCCGGUAGGACGGGCGAAUAUCUCGAACAUUAUGCAGCCAACGUUGCUACAUGAUGUGCUUGUGCUGCCCAAUGCGGCUUUUGCUUCCCUGCAGGCUGGACACCCUGAAGACCGAGGCCCAUAUCUUGUUGAGCAUCAUUAUGCCGGCUCUUGGAAGAAUACUCAAGGAGGGGAAGGGCCGUAA